AGCAGGAUCUGCAGGAGGACAGGUCCGGGGAGGAUCUGCUCCUGUUGUGUGUCUGAGCAGCCAUGGAGGAGAUGGAGGAGGAGCUGAAGUGUCCGGUGUGCGGCUCGUUUUUCCGGGAGCCCAUCAUCCUGCCCUGCUCCCACAACAUUUGUCUGGCGUGCGCGCGGAACAUUCUCGUGCAGACCCCGGAGGCUGAGUCCCCGCAGAGCAGCCGAGCCUCCGGCUCCGCCGUGUCCGACUAUGACUACCUGGACCUGGACAAGAUGAGUCUGUACAGCGAGUCCGACAGCGGCUACGGCUCCUACGGGGGCUUCGUCAGCGCCCCCACAACCCCGUGCCAAAAAUCACCCAACGGGGUCCGGGUUUUCCCCCCCACCGUCCCCCAGCCUGGCCCCCAGCAGCACCUCCUCCUCCCGCACCCGGCCUCCCUACCCCCGAUCCCCCGCAACUCGUGCAUCACCUGCCCGCAGUGCCACCGCAGCCUGAUCCUGGACGACCGGGGACUCCGCGGCUUCCCCAAGAACCGGGUUCUGGAGGGGGUGGUGGACCGGUACCAGCAGAGCAAGGCGGCCGCGCUCAAGUGUCAGCUCUGCGAGAAGAGUCCGAAGGAGGCCACGGCCAUGUGCGAGCAGUGCGACGUCUUCUACUGCGACCCGUGCCGCGUGCGCUGCCACCCGCCGCGCGGGCCGCUCGCCAAGCACCGCCUGGUGCCGCCGGCGCAGGGCCGGAUCAGUCGCAGGGCCAGUCCCCGCAAAAUCUCCACGUGCACGGAGCACGAGCUGGAGAACCUGAGCAUGUACUGCGUGCAGUGCAAGAUGCCCGUGUGCUACCAGUGUCUGGAGGAGGGCAAGCACGGCACGCACGAGGUCAAAGCGCUGGGCGCGAUGUGGAAACUGCACAAGGGUCAACUGUCCCAGGCUUUGAACGGCCUGUCAGACCGAGCCACUGAAGCCAAGGAGUUCCUGGUCCAGCUGAGAAACAUUGUGCAGCACAUCCAGGAAAACGGUGUGGAGUUCGAGGCCUGUUUGGUGGCGCAGUGCGACGCCCUCAUCGACGCCUUGAACCGACGCAAAGCUCAGCUGCUGGUCCAGGUCACCAAGGAGCACGAACACAAGCUGAAGGUGGUCCGGGACCAGAUCUCCCACUGCACGGUGAAGCUGCGUCAGACCACAGGCCUCAUGGAGUACUGUCUGGAGGUCAUCAAGGAGAACGACCCCAGUGGCUUCCUGCAGAUCUCCGACGCUUUGAUCCGGAGGGUGCACAUGACAGAGGGUCAGUGGGGGAAGGGAACCCUCACCCCGAGGAUGACCAGCGACUUUGACCUGACCCUGGACAGCGGACCCCUCCAGCAAACCAUCCACCAGCUGGACUUUGUCCAGAUGAAGGUCCCAGCUGCUCCCAUGCUCCAACUGGAGGAAUGCUGCACGCAGAACAACAGCGCCACGUUGUCAUGGAAACAGCCGCCGCUCUCCACCAUCGCUGUGGAGGGAUACAUUUUAGAGCUGGACGAUGGAAACGGGGGUCCGUUCAGGGAGGUGUAUGUGGGGCCGGAGACCAUCUGCACGGUGGACGGGCUCCACUUCAACAGCACUUACAAGUCCAGAGUGAAGGCCUUCAACGCCAGCGGAGUGGGCCAGUACAGCAAGACACUGAUCAUGCAGACCUCUGAGGUUGCCUGGUUCACCUUUGACCCGGCGUCCGCGCACCCAGACAUCGUCUUCUCCAACGACAACCUGACGGUGUCGUGCAGCAGCUACGAUGACCGGGUGGUGAUGGGCAACACCGCCUUUUCCCGCGGCGUUCAUUACUGGGAGAUGACGGUGGACCGCUACGACAACCACCCCGACCCGGCCUUCGGCGUCGCCCGGGGCGACGUCCUGAAAGAUGCGAUGCUGGGGAAGGACGACAAGGCCUGGGCCAUGUACGUGGACAACAACCGCUCCUGGUUCAUGCACAACAACUCACACACCAACAGGACGGAUGGUGGCAUCGCUAAAGGCUCCACCAUCGGGGUGCUGCUGGACUUCACACGAGGACUCCUCAUCUUCCUCAUCAAUGAUGAGCAGCAGGGUCCGGUCGCCUUUGAGGGCCUGGACGGCUCGUAUUACCCCGCAAUCAGCCUCAACCGAAAUGUCCAGAUCACACUGCACACUGGUCUACCCAUCCCUGAUUUUUACACCCCUGGGGAGGCAGAUCCAACCAGCUCUGUGUGCUAAAGACUCUCCUCAGCGCCUUGGAGGAAAACCAGGAUUUCCCACAUCUCCUCUUCUCGCCUCCCCCUGUCCAUCCAAACCAAUGACCCCCCCACAGACACUCCACGGACGGCAAGCCAUUCAGUCCUGAGCCAUAUGUUGCAGAACUUUGGACAUAAGAUCACGAGCAGGACAAUGUCCACGCAUCCGGCGCUCUGCCACCCUGAAGGAUUUCAACUGAGCUAACUUCAACAAUCAAGACGGGAAAUUAAAGGAAUGUUUAGAGAGUUUGGUAAACGUGCUCAUCUGUGUCUGGGUCAAGACUUUCAGUAAAACGGACGAAGAAUGGAACUCCACCGUUUUAGUUUUGCAGACAGGAAAGAGUGAAGCUUUAGCUGCAUCAUCAUCAGGAGACUGUGAAUGUAAAGGUUUCCCAAAAUGUCAUAUUCUUUCUAUAAAAAUGUGCUUCGUUCAUGAAUGGGUUUGUUAGAAACGGCAGAAAUCUGAUCUGAACUGAUCUUUAGAUUUUAUCCUUCACGCUCACACCUUUGUUUCAGACUCAUGACUGGUUUAAAACCCCGAGAGGAGAAUGAGUCGGUGUUUGUCACUGUUUGAGCGGGGGUGAGUCGCGGACCAGAACUUUAGUUAGCCGUCUUAUCCAGCUCCUCGUCUGUGUCCACAAACUGCUUUUUUCAGUGGCUUAGCUCAAGUGAAACGUCUACGUUUUUCAAAAUGACAGCAUUAAUCGCUGCU